GAACCAUUCUAUUACUCUACUAACGAACAUAUUCGUCUAGCACUAUGUCUGAAAGGUACAGCUUCAGUUUGACCACCUUCUCCCCCUCCGGGAAGCUAGUCCAGAUAGAAUAUGCUAUCGCAGCAGUUGCUGCUGGUGCUCCCUCGAUCGGCAUCAAGAGCAAAACUGGUGUGGUUUUAGCUGCCGAGAAGAAAACUAAGAGUAUCCUGUAUGAUGAUACCACCAUCACCAAGAUGGAGAUGAUAACUAAGCAUUGUGGUAUGACGUACAGUGGUAUGGGACCCGACUUCAGACUGUUGGUGCGCAAAGCCCGCAAGAUAGCACAGCAGUACUAUCUGCAGUUUGAUGAGGAGAUCCCUGUUUCUCAGCUGGUUCAGAGGCUUGCUAACGUUAUGCAGGAGUAUACUCAUUCUGGCGGAGUCCGACCUUUUGGAGUGUCACUGUUAGUUGCUGGGUUCGAUCAGGAUACACCAUAUCUCGUGCAGUGUGACCCCUCGGGGGCAUACUUCGCAUGGAAAGCUACUGCUAUGGGAAAGAACCAUGUAAACGGAAAAACAUUCCUUGAAAAAAGGUACAAUGCUGAUCUUGAGCUUGAAGAUGCAGUCCACACCGCUAUUCUAACUCUAAAAGAAGGGUUCGAGGGGCAGAUGACGGAGGAUAACAUUGAGAUUGGCAUAUGUACAUCAGAUGGAUUCAGAAAAUUAAACAGAACAGAAGUAAAAGACUACCUGGCUGCGUUGAAUUAAUAGAACUCCUGAGUAUUUUGGAGCUGGUAUCCAGUAUGAGUAGGGCAAAAGAACCCUUGUAGAAUCUGAAAUUGUAUUUGUAUGAUUUACAAUUAUUUGUAUUGGUUCAUUAGAAACUUAUAUAA